GUGGCGGAGUUGGAUACAUCGGGUGUCCCAAACGUUCCGCAGAGGCUGCGCGAGGGAACACUACGAUUUGUUGCGGAGGAUCCCGGCGAGGCGAUCGACCUUGGCGUGCCGUACACAUCUCGCUGCCCGCCGCGGGUUGUGGAGCACACAGUGACGGUGGUGGCUCUCGCGGCACCGCCCAUUGUGCCGGCCCUGGUGCCUUUUUACACGGAAGACGACUGUGUUCAUCUGCGGGCACCACGCCCCCGUUGGAAGGACGAGGACGCACGCUGGCACGUUCCUCACUGCGAGGAGGCGCCACAGUCACCACCAUACAUCGCGGGGCUGGAGAAAGGAAAGAGGGCAGAACAUAACGUUUCUUCAUUAGAAGAGGAGGAGGUUCAGGAGGUGCAGGUGUGCGGCAUCCAGGUUUACAGGUGGUGUGAUGUUGUUUGGACGGCGCGGAACCCUGUCGCGGCUGUCACGCAGACGUUCUCCCUGCGGCGCUGCCAAAGUCCCCCACAGCUGCUGUUUCACAAGGACGGCCUACAGGAACCACGCGACAUUUCGCUUUCCGUUUACGCGUUGCCUUUGAUUGAGUGGCUUGACGGAUAUGACGACGUCCCUGAUGACAUGGACGUUGGAGGGAGCGCGAAGAAUACGACGGCACAAGUGCCUCGCUACACAGCACGGCGUGUCAUUCCAGUUGCGGGCUACAGCGCGACGGUUGGCUACUCGUUCAACUACUCGGGUUUGCAACAGGACUUUGAGGUGACCUUCAAAUACGCCCAUGACGCCGCACAUCAGCUGGGGGUCACGCAGCAACACUUUGAACGUGUAGGCGAUGACGGUCUGAGCGAUGAGAUGGCCGCUGCCGCUGCUGCAGCACCGCUACUCCUCCGCCGCUCCUUGCUGUCGUUGGAUGGUGAUAAGAUGAGAGAUGAUAGAAAUGAUAGAAAUACUAAUGAUAAUGAUAAUAAUGAUAGUAUGGCAGAUGAUAAGAGCAUCCUGCGUGUUGGGGAUACAGAGGAGGCUGUGAAUUUGGAGCAGCAAGUGGCUGACAGGGCACGAGAGCGCGAUUAUGCGUUGGACCUUGCGUCGGACACCCGGUUUUUUUUUACACAUCUUUCCGGGCUUCGAAAAGUGUGGUUUAACGGCCUCGACAACAGCUCCCAUUACCCACUUCUGUACAAGGUGUGGCCCUCCCCGACUGCAACGGGGCCAAGCCGAGACGCUGCGGAAUUUGCACGACGCGGGAUGUGUCUUCUGCAGCGUGGAAACAUCUCUGUUUUUUCGGUCAAUCCUCGUGGUGUAGUGCCGGUUGUGGAAAAUGGUGUACUUCCGUUCUGCUACCCGUCAUUUCUGUUCUCGCGUCAUCCGUGGCUGAGCACAAAGUACAAAUUUGAUUUCUCGUGGUCGUGCGAGGACGAUGGCGUUAUCGUGGUGGAGCGGCGCACACCGACAGCUUCUAUUUUGCGUCACAAUGGGCCUGCGAACGACACACGCUGCAGUUUGACAGUGCGGAAUGACUUGACAGAAACCGUGCAGAAGGAUACUUUUCUACUGCGGCGAGUUUACCCAACACCGUUGCCGCCGACGUUUGCAAUUUUGAGUGGCAACGCUGCGAUGGGAGAGUGUUUUGCAAACGGCACUACACGCUCCAAGCAGACGACACGUUUAGAGACCAACGGUAGCCCUGACACAACACACAGAAGGACAAGAACACGAUGGAUCUUUGGGAAAAAACUUAUUCUUCAUGUCGAUGCCCACGUGGGGGGUCGGACCUCUAGGUGGACGGCCCUCAGCGUCGUGCCGGCGGUUCCAUCCCCCGUUGGCACCGGACGGCUGCUUGAUUCCAUACAUUUCCUGCCACUCCCUCGACAUCCGCUUGCGCUUGAAAGGGGAUUUGGGGAUGCCACAGUAUUGGUGUCAGGAAUACGCGUCCCUGGGCUGUAUACGUUUGGCUAUUACCACCCGGAUCCCAUGUAUCCAGGCGUCUGCCCGAACUCGAGUAUCGUGGAGACACUACACGUUGUGCACGCGCAGGUCAUUGAGAAGGAGCUGACGGUUUGCGGAGACUCCGCGGUGCUGAAGGCCGUACCUAUUCCGCGUGAAAUUGGAUGUGAGUUCUUUGGGCAGUGGGAGGUGGUGUCGCUGCAGACGUCCGAGAACGAGACGUGGACUAGCGGUGCCAAUUUUACGGGUAUUCGAUUCGAUCACGGAAGGAGGCCAAGAACAGUAGUGCGUGGACUUCCGUUUGGCAUUCUUACGGUUCGCUGGGCUGUGUACGCUGUUUCUCCCACUGAUCCCGAUACGCAGAGGAAUGACGAGGAACGACAGGAGAAGCAACGGGGUCUCUUGGUAGACUACGAAACCGUGCGUCUGCUGGUGUUGACGGAAAAUCUUCCUUCGAACCGUCUUGUUACGCUUUCACAGAGUGUCUACCUUCUUGCUACCACCUCCACUCUGCAUUGGGUGCUGACGGAGACGGAGGCGUCGUCCAGUCCUCUGACGCUGCGUCGUCCACGUCUCCGCGUCGAGACUGUGUCAAACGAGAGCAGCACGGGUAGCCGUUUCGGUGCUGGGCACCAAGUCGUCAUUGUGACAAACUUGCCCAUUGGCCUGACACGCCUGCAGUACGAACUUCACCUCUCGCCUCGUGCGUUUGGCCCGAUGUUGACGAAGAGGUGCCCAUAUGUGCCGCGCCAAGAAUUUGAGAUUGAGCGCGUGUCGGCUUUUCUCUCCGCAAACACGACGCUCAGUCACGAGUGCGAUGCGUACUCCGGACGUGGUCAAAUUUCCAUCUGCUUGCAUGCGGAGGGGGCGCAGAGCAGAGGCAUUUUAUUCACAUCAUCAUCAUCUUUGCCGUCGUUUGGGGCGCGUCUUGUUGAGCCGGCAUCAUUUGAGGCGAUUGUGAAGUCCGGCGCGGCCCGACUUGAGGCGCGAGGAUGUUCGCUGCCCUGGUGGGUCGCAAGCCAGACACGUUGGUCGAACGUCCAUGCCGACGCCACAGGGCGCUGCGUCUCCGUCACCGUGACCGCAGCAAGACAUUUGCACCCACAAGAGGUUUCGCAUCACAUGUUUCUGGCACAGGAGCAACUUGGAUCCUCGCGUUUGUGCCCUCACGGCGGUGAUUUUAUGACGAGUGAAAUCAUCGAUGGGGCGACAACGUGGGGCGACGGCGGAUCGACGCGCAAUUCACUGUUUCGUGGCGGUGAAAUUGCGCAAUUUUUGCCGUUUCUCCAUUUUGCCACUUUAACGCGUGAGGAGCGUUCCAUGCGUCCCAUGUUAAGUCUUCUUGGCGUGCCUGACAUAGUUACAACAGAGCUUGACAUCAGCAACGAGGGAAAAGCGGUGGUCGUGUUGCUUCGCCUCGACACCGCGCAGCCAAAGCAGAUGGGGGGCUACGUCCACGCUGCGGAAUCAUCGGAAGACGGGCGGCAACGACACAGUCUGCUUGCGAAUUGUGCCCGCGGCACCGUUCGGGCAUCCGAUGUGUUAAAUUUUUGGACGGAGGUGAACCGCCCCGAUGGCGCCGAGGGGCGCACCGCGCGUGAGUGGCUGGAAUAUGUUGCGGCGGUGCGAGAGAAACACGUGGGGUGUGAGCCGCUUUUUGUCUCCCUCGCCCACCUCCUGCCGCGGCCGGACGACACGGAGGCGACACUGCGUCGUCGCCAACUCUAUCGCGUACCGCCGAAGGAGCAGCGAUUGGUGACGCUGGACGUCAUUGAGCAGCAGCUGGAGGGGUUGCAACGGGAAUAUCGCUGGACGCGCGAAGGCAUCGACGUGACGGGGCUGCCCCCGGAGUUGCAGGCCGCCCUCGCACGUCGCCGCAUCACAAAGAGACAGCUGGAUGAGAUUGAACGGGAGCGCCGUGCAAAACGUGCCGAGAUGAAACAAGCGGAAAUUCCGGCAUUGCUGGCGAAGUUGACAUCAGAGGAGCGCUUUGAGAGGAUACUGCGGUUGUAUGAGGGCGUCGUUGAGGAGGGGGUCGCCGCUAUCCGUCUGACGCUACCGCCUCACGAACCCUUCACGGUACCACACAACCUUUUCCUUCGCGCCGCGGUACAUAAAGACGUGCUCUGCGGCACCAACGUCUCGGCAGGCGCUGACCCGGCGUCACUGGUGUUGUUUGGUCGGGUGGAAGUGAUAGACGUUCCACCCGCGGUGGGGGCGAGCCCUGCGGCGAUCAAGCAGUGCGAGGUGGAGGGCGGCGUUCCUGUUAUUCAAGUUAGCGUCAGCGGGACAACGUUUGCCGCGAUGGAUGUGUUCCCGACGGACCGCGUUCUGCUGGAGGAGGUGCACAAUCCAAACAGCACGGGUCUCACUGAGACUUCACCAGAGGUGGGUCUUUUGCCAUGUCUGCAGCAAAUGCAUUUCGGGAUGCGGGUGGCAGCAUCGUCCAUGACGAAAAAGCAUCUGUACCUGCAAUUAUCACCAUGCCCUUUUUUUCAGAUGUUAAGCCACGCCGAUUACGACGAGCAGCAGGAUAGCGAGUUGCUGCAGAAAAAGUUGUUUCUUCCACGGUUGCUCCGCAUUACACUCCGCGGUGUGCUUUCAGAGGACAGUCACACAAAAGGGAAAACAUCCGUGUCAUUUGUAGUGAAGGUGCUCCCGACGUUAGCUCGAUUGCAUCUUCGUACUCUGCCUGCUCCUGAGGAAGCCACGGCACGAUCGUCGUGGUCGGGGUCAAUUGCCCGACGUCCGCUUUUGAUGUGUGAGGGGGAUGUGCGUCGCCGUGGUGCAGAGUUUGGCAUUGAGCUUAUUGGUGAUCGAUGGCACGAUCAUGUGGGAGGGAGGGGAAUACACGAUGACGAUAUAACGUCUUUGCCCGAGAAUGCCUGGUAUGAGAACGGCGCAGGUCGUAUUGGUAUUAGUGGCACCAUUAGCAGUAGUCGUAGUGCUGUUGAUGGUGCCCGUUAUCGAUCACCGCAUAACGUGGCACUCAUCAAUAGUUUUAGCAUUGUGGAACACCACCGCCUUGACAGCGCCCAUCAUCUUCUUCUUCGGCAUGGCGGCCUGUACCGCUCGGACUUUGUGAAUUAUCUCUUCUCUAUUAUGGCCAGGCCAGAGAUUACCCAGCGGCAUCAAUUUGUUUAUCGGUACAACGACACGUUUGUGAGUGUUCGCAUCCCUGCGGCUCAAAGUGACUUGAAUGAUCUUUUCCAUGGUGACGAGUACGACGGCACGUUCGACGAUGACCAUCUACCCCCUAUUCGUUCCUUCAGCACCAUUGAGGAGAUUUUAUUCGCUGUGCCUGGUAUCGCAACAGAGUGCCGCGGGUGUCUGUUGGCGGACACCACUUAUUUUAUGGCUGGGGACCUGACGGGCCUUUGGUUCUUUCCGCCAGCUACAUCGCCGCCGCUUGACAACCGUGUGUUGGUGGAGCCACUUCGCGUGCCUUUUUACGCAGCCUCACGAGUGCCGCGAGAGUGGCGUUUUUCAACGUUGUGUCCAACCGAAGCGUGGGAUAAUCUGCAGCUCUUCUUGAGGCACUGGCAGCCACCACGUCUCCAACGAGGCAGUGCACCGUACUUACAGUUUGAGUUGGUUGUCUACAAUCUGCGUGACAUUCUUGGAGGCGAGGUGCCGCUGUCGAGGCGUCCGAACGCCAUUCUCACAGGUCUCCCAGUCUCACUUACGAAGUUACUGAAAGAGGGCCGGGGUAGAAGGAAUAGCCUCGCGGAGGUUGUGUUCCAAGUUAACACGACAGCCGCAGAACGUGCACACGCGACGAUGGCUGCCGAUUUUUCUCGUUACGGGCGUCGACAUCUGCACACUGUGCAUGAUUAUCUGCGGGAUCAUCGCGGGAGUGGUGGUGCGUUGGCAGUGAACGCCUCGGUCUUUCUGAAGGUAUGCGUGCCCUCCACGGCGGCGGUGCCGGAAGCUCAGUGCUCUAUUGUGAGUGUCACACACACGCUUCUCAUUAUGGAAGAACCACGUUUGAUGUCCUACUACGGGCGGCCUCGGCAAGGGUCAUGGCGCAGCAUUUUUGACCCAGCCGCGCUUCUGCAUCACGCCGGUACAUCACUGACGGGAUACAUCAUCUUUCCACGUUUACCGGCACUGCGCCGGACACUUUCUCUUGGAAACACACAUGACGUGGCACCCGCACGGAUUGGCCUGACUGUGGCGCUGUUUGUGGCUGUGGUGUUUCUCUAUGCGAUGGCAACGAGGCUGUGGGCGGUGAUAUGCACGCUUUUAUGGGCUACACUUCUCUUCCUCGUACCGGAGAUUAUUGUGGGCAUUUAUUUUGUCAUGCACUUUCUCUUUUGGGCCUUUGUGAUGUGA